GCAGUGUUUAGCAUCAAUCGAGCAAUCCUCAACUCAACCAUAAGAAACGCAGAUAUCGGAAUCUACAGAGCAAGCAGGCUUGCUAAUCGAAGAUGUUAAUGACACCGUCAUCGACCAUGUUUCAAAGCAAAGUGACGAACUGUCAGACCCUCGUAUUUUAUCAUAAAUGCGGGUGUAAAAGCAUUCAAGUACCUCUCAAUGCUUGUAGUACUCCUUUCUGCAACCACGAAACGUCAACUCUGUUGAUAGGGGCUCUGCCAUCUGCAUGUAAUAGGCUACCGGCGCGGAAGGAUGCUUGCAUGGCGAAGAUCUUGAAAGAAGCAGGUCUAGCCAUGAAAUUCCAAAAUCUAAUCAUUCUACCGGCACGUUCUAGAGAACAGAUCGAUGCGUUGCCCCUCUGUAUAGAAUUGAAGCCUCAGGACGAGGAUGAUGGCUAUACCUAUGAGUUGAACGGACCACCGAACACCCCUGAAUCUACCUUUCAAGAAGAUCCGGCUAACGCUCCAAAUGUUGGUCCAGAUACUGCAGAGCUUGAGAAGAUUACAAAACGGCUCCAACUUCAACAUGAAGCACAAUGUGAAGGAUCGUGUGCUGACGAGGACCACGAAGAAGCCAAUACCGAAACAGAGCCUAACCCAGGCCCAGGUAACGUCAGCGAUGAUGAACCGGACGAAUUUCAAGACGCCUACUCCGUUCAAAGUCGCAUUGAGAACGACGUUGAAGACGGUUUCAAAGAAGAAGUGGACGAUAUUUCAGCUGACCUACCUACGGUAAUUAACAUCAACGCCGAGGAAGUCAGCACGAUAGAUAAUCCGGAUUAUUUCAGCCGUGGAGAUAAAUACGGUAAGCGUUUGGAUUUCACUGAGGACAUAGGAACGGUCGACGAGGUGGGCUAUCGGGAUAUUGCCGAUUUGGACGGGGAAACGGAUGACGAUAGCUGUGAUAUUUUUGACUUCCUUGUCUCUGAGGAUGAGGAUGACGAAGAUGAUGAUUAUUAUAACGAUCCCGUAGAGGAACUCAUAGAGAGACCCGCGGUGAGAAGGCCAGAAGCCGGUAGUUUUCUGUCCUAUCUUAAGGUAUUCUAA